AUGACGUGCACCGCAUACGGCGAGUGCUGUGGGACCUCUGUGGCACCCGCUGCCCAAAGAGCCACAGCCCAAAGAGCCACUGCCCAAAGAGCCACUGCCCCAGAGCCACAGCCCAAAGAGCCACAGCCCAAAGAGCCACUGCCCAAAGAGCCACAGCCCAAAGAGCCACUGCCCCAGAGCCACAGCCCAAAGAGCCACUGCCCCAGAGCCACAGCCCAAAGAGCCACUGCCCAAAGAGCCACAGCCCAAAGAGCCACUGCCCCAGAGCCACAGCCCAAAGAGCCACUGCCCAAAGAGCCACUGCCCCAGAGCCACUGCCCAAAGAGCCACUGCCCCAGAGCCACUGCCCAAAGAGCCACUGCCCCAGAGCCACAGCCCAAAGAGCCACUGCCCAAAGAGCCACAGCCCAAAGAGCCACUGCCCCAGAGCCACAGCCCAAAGAGCCACUGCCCAAAGAGCCACUGCCCCAGAGCCACUGCCCAAAGAGCCACUGCCCCAGAGCCACUGCCCAAAGAGCCACUGCCCCAGGAGCCACUGCCCAAAGAGCCACUGCCCCAGAGCCACAGCCCAAAGAGCCACUGCCCAAAGAGCCACAGCCCAAAGAGCCACUGCCCCAGAGCCACAGCCCAAAGAGCCACUGCCCAAAGAGCCACUGCCCCAGAGCCACAGCCCAAAGAGCCACUGCCCAAAGAGCCACUGCCCUGA